CUAAAGGGCUCGAGCAGGUUUAUGGCUGCCUGUGAGCAAGUUUCAAACCAAAACAUUUGCAUGUCAAAACUGGAAUCCACACCCUCCACCUGCAGACUGCUUAUCAUGCUGAGACACCUCCUUGUCUUUGUCUCUUCGAGCCGGCAUGCAAUAGCUCCUCCAAAUGCUCAACACUAACUGCACAUAACAUAAACCUGAAAGAGGGAUAUCCGGGGGGACACAGGCGAGAGGAUUUUCACAACGUGUGGUAAACAGUCUGGAGAUAUGGAGUCUUCAGAAUUCUCCAUGCUGUCAUCCUUGAGGGGAGAGUUUAAAUCAGAGGAUUAUAUUCAGCCCCACUACAAAGAGACUUAUCGUCUGGCAAUUGAUCGCCUUGUGAGCGACGGCAGAGACAGUUACCAGGAAUUCCUCAAGGGAGAACGUGUCGGGAGCUUCCUUUCAGAAGAGGAGCUUCUCUUCAUUACUUCAAAUGCACAACAACCCCCACCUCAAACGUACACAGAGGAGAGUACUCCAUCAGAAGGCCCGUCCUCCUCAGGCACCUACUGGCCCAUGCACUCAGAUGUGGAGACACCGGAUUUGGAUUUAGGGUGGCCUGACUUCCCUCAUGACAAUCUACAGACUAAUAUAGAUCUGCUCUUUCAUCCACCGAGACAAAACACCCCCAGCAUCAAAGAGGUGAUCCGGAAACUCAUUCAGGAUGCAAGACAGGUCGUUGCCAUUGUGAUGGACAUGUUCACUGACGUCGAUAUAUUCAAAGAAGUCGUUGAUGCCUCUGCACGAGGUGUGCCGGUCUACGUGCUUCUGGAUCAUUCUCAUUUGAAAGGUUUCCUCUCAAUGGCUGAAAACCACGAUGUGAAGAUUCAACAACUCAGGAACAUGAGGGUGCGCACUGUGAAGGGUCACGAUUACCUCUGUCGAUCAGGAGCCAAAUUUCACGGGGAAAUGGGGCAGAAGUUUCUUUUAGUCGACUGCCACACAGCAAUUUAUGGCUCAUACAGCUUCACUUGGUCCUUUGAGAAGAUCAAUCUGAGCAUGGUGCAGGUCAUCAAAGGCCAUCUGGUGAAGCUGUAUGAUGAGGAGUUUCGGACGCUCUAUGCCCGGUCAACUGUGCCAGCAGAACUGUGUCCCCCAGAGGGCUUGUCGCAACGCAAUGGGCUAUACGGGCAACAGAAUCUGCCAAUGGGUCAUUCUGGACAGAAUAUUGAGCGCAGGGACCAGUUGCGGCACACGCUUGACACAGUCUAUCGGAAGACCUGUGAGAGGAAACUGGGUAUGAGAAACCUUGAAGAAAGGCUCCUUGAAGAGGAACCUCAUGACUUCAGGCCCUUAAUCGAGAACGGGAUUGGUGUCCAGAACCAGAUAUCCCAGUUUCAGUCUGCAGAGGCAAUGAAUCUUUUGAAAAGACACAGUUAUGCAGGGGAGAGACAAGAUCCGUACAUGCAGGAAAACAUCAGGCCCAGAGCAAGCCAGUGGAAUAUCUCCAGAGACACAGGAAAUGGUACAAACAACUAUGCCAUGAACAAUUAUUUACAUGUACCACAGACAUACAGAGGUCAAAACAUGUGUCCGUCUUACAAUGAAAGUGACAAAGUGAAUCCGUCCAUCCAGAAAAAUGUGCCCACACUGGAGAAUACGUCAAAGUCAUAUAUGCGUACAUUGCGGAUCGAGUCUUACCUCAAAAACCCAGAUGUGCCAUUUGGAGACUCUAGUGACUAUUUAGACCAGUUUGAGGCGAUGGACAAAGCACAGGGAAGAACAAGGUCUUCAUUUGUUUUCAGGUCCAACAUAGCAGACCAAAUGGAGCCGAAUAGACACAUGAACAGCACAAAUAUUGUCUCCUCAGCAGCACCAAACACACCUAUGCACUACACGUCAAUGCAGUGGAAUCCUACGGCGGGAGGAGACAAUAGAAUGAAUGACGAGUUCAUGAUGAAGAGACAAAGUUUGCAGAUUCUGGACGACAAUCGUUAUAAUGCAUGCUUUAGUCCGGGGAAAAACUCGUACCCAGCUGUUUAUGCCAGCUUAGGCAGAAGUAAAGGUGGACACAUGCUCACAAACCCUGACAUCCUGGCAGAUGGUUGGCACAAGCGACACAGCGUGGCAGAUCCAAGAUCCAGCACAGAGUGCACACAUGACAACCCCGGUCACAUGUAUGGAGGUUUUGCAAGGAUGCAAGUAAAUAAGAGCACCAUGGGGUUAAAUGCACAGAAUGGGGCAUACAUAUCAAAUUUGAAUGAAGAACAAAGAUCUGUCUCUCACUAUGAUGUCAAGAAUAUCACAGGUACAAAGGGGCCCUGUAAUCCCAAUUGGCAAGAGCCACCAUCUAGAACUUUGUCUGCAGUGGCACUGGACAUGAAUAGGAAAGAUUUGACAGGUAAAUCCAACAGCAGGGAUCCUCAACAUUUUUCCCAGAGGAGUGCCACAAAAAUAACUUCCUUAUUGAACAUACCAGAGAAAAAAGAAGAUCUAGCCGCAGCCACAGACACACUAAGCCUCAAGUCAUGUGGUAGCACAGACACUAUAACAGCUGAGGACGAAACACCAGGUGGAGGAGGAGGAAAACAUUAUCAAAACACCACUAACUUCAUCAGGUCCUCCUCAGAGCACCAGAGGAGCAGGCUGAAGAAUGACCAUAUAGACUCUUCAAAAACUCAGCUGACAACUGAGGAGCCCCGACAUAUAAGGCAUCUUUCGCUCCCCAAAACGUCCAGACAGAAGAAACCCGCGGUUCUUGAAAAAAGUGCAAAGCCCAGCUUCGACGCAGACAGCUGGAAAAGAAACAAAGCACCGGAGACUCGUCUGUAUAGCAGAUUUGAGCCUUUCUGCUCAUUUGAAAAGAAAGCGCCAAUGUACACACCACACACCACACACACUCAGGAGAAAAACCAAAGUCUACCGAAAGUCGAGGCAGCUACCAGUCACGGCUUCACCCGAACGGCACGAGGACACCAUGAAAAUAAGCUGGAGAAAUUCUUUCAAAGAGUGGGAAAUCUCAUACACAAGAACAAGUAGUCUACACAAGCCAGUCGUUAUAAAUACACACGUUGUUUCACUUGUAUUAUCUAUAGCUGUGUUUCCAUCAUGGUACCAUCAAGUACCUUUACAGUACCUGGUAGGCGGGGUGUGGGCUGUGCCCGAUGGCAUUGUCAGCGAGAUAUGUAGUGUGACGUUGUGCCGGUGCGCCGACAAUGAACAAUGACAUGGAACGCGACAACAGAGGACAUCCAGCAGCUGGUAGCGUUGGGGCUAUUUUGGUAAUAUUACUUUUUUCGGAAACACGCCGCAAGUGUUUACUUUGAAAAAAUGCUUUUUUUGCAAACACUGUUUACAUUUUGCCUUCUUUUGUGCACUGAUUAAUGAACUACUUAAAAGGAAGAUAGAUUAUAUUUUAUAUGAAUACAUGCCGAAGACUUUUUUGUUAAUACAAGAAUCUUAAAUUGACACUUUAAAACUAUGUGAACUUCAUCUGCUGAAUCUGCCCAGACGAUACAUUUAAAUACUCUAGUAGUUGUGUGGAGAUUUCAUUAAUGUAUACAAUUUAUUGCUCUAAAUGUGGGUGUGCACACAUGCUUUUGUUUGUCAUCAGCAUAAUGUUUUUGGUAUGUCAUAGAUGUGUCAACUCACCAUUAAUCCACAUGAUGAAUAAUAUCCUUGACAUUUCUGUGUCAGUCAGUGUCACGUUUUCAUAACGAUAUGGGGGUUGCAAUGAUUUGGUAGAAUACAUGACGUGGUUAAUAAAUUUUUAUAUCUUUUUUUUAA